AUGUUGGCACGAUUGAGCGAUGGUUAUGUUUUUGAUUUAGAAAAAGGCGGGCAGGGCUCGUCCUUUGAGCGCCGUAAUCCAUCACCCAUCUCAACGGAUACACCUCCACCAAAGAUAGGUAUAUCACAAAAAACAACAAGCGAUCAAAGUUCAAACAAGCCUAAACCGAUCAAUGAUAAAACACCUACAGAUAAAAAUGCCAAACCCAUUCAUGAAGCUCCAAAUAACAAUAAACCUGCAGCUAAAGAUGAUAAACCUGCAGCUAAAGAUGAUAAACCCGCUCCUGAAGCUCCAAAUCAUAAUAAUCCUGCAGCUAACAAUGCUAAACUCACCAAAGCUUCAAAUAAUUCCAAAAAUAAUAAACCUGUAGCUAACAAUUAUAAACCCACCAAAACUUCAAAUAAUUUCAAAAAUAAUAAACCU